AUGUCGUGGAAGUUGACGAAGAAGCUCAAGGAGACCCAUCUGGGUCCCUUGGCCAACACCUUCUCCCGCUCGCCGUCUACUUCUACCAUCACCGACAGCAGCGAAAAAGCCCAACCCAACAUGUCGGGCACAGCGACGCCCACGAAUGAGGGAACCAUUGCUGCCUCUGAGGCCAUGGCGCAAGCACCAGUUGUCAACCCCCCGAAGCCCGGCAUCCUCGUCGUCACUCUCCACGAGGGCCAGGGCUUCUCCCUUCCCGAACAACACAGACAAGCCUUUGCUUCCUCACACCAAGGUUCGCUGUCAUCCGGCGGCGCUCUCGGCGCUGCUGGCUCCGUCCGCCCCUCUUCCUCACAACGAGGAGCUGUCGGCUCUUUCAUUAACGGCGCCUCCCGCCCACAGACUUCUGGUGGCGGCUUUACCGGUAUCCCCACUAACCACGGUCGUAUUUCUGGCAAGUACAUGCCCUACGCCUUGCUGGACUUCGACAAAAUGCAGGUCUUUGUCAACUCAGUCGAAGGGACGCCAGAGAACCCCCUCUGGGCUGGAGGAAAUACCCAAUACAAGUUCGAUGUCUCUCGCGUAACAGAGCUCGUCAUUCACCUGUACAUGCGCAACCCCAUGGCCCCUCCUGGAUCCGGCCGUAGCCAGGACAUCUUCCUCGGUGUGGCCCGCAUUAACCCCCGCUUUGAGGAGAAGCACCAGUUCGUCGAGGACCCCAAGGCGAACAAGAAGGACCGCGAGAAGGCCGCGGCAGAAUUCGCCAGUCGCCAGCGUUCGCUCGGUCACAGCGGAGUCGAGUGGGUGGAUGUGCAGUACGGUACCGGAAAGGUCAAGAUCGGUGUCGAGUACGUCGAGAACCGCGCGGGCAAGCUCAAGAUUGAGGACUUUGAGCUACUCAAGGUUGUCGGCAAGGGCAGCUUCGGCAAGGUCAUGCAAGUGCGCAAGAAGGACACGAACCGAAUCUAUGCGCUCAAGACGAUCCGCAAGGCGCACAUCAUCUCCCGCUCCGAAGUCGCCCACACCCUCGCCGAGCGGUCAGUGCUGGCGCAGAUCAACAACCCCUUCAUCGUGCCUCUCAAAUUCACCUUCCAGUCGCCCGAGAAGCUCUACUUUGUGUUGGCCUUCGUUAAUGGAGGCGAGCUGUUCCACCACCUGCAGAAGGAGCAAAGAUUCGACGUUAACCGCUCUCGAUUCUACACGGCCGAGCUUCUUUGCGCACUCGAAUGUCUCCACGGAUUCAACGUUAUCUACCGUGAUCUCAAGCCUGAGAACAUUCUGCUCGACUACCAAGGCCACAUCGCUCUGUGCGAUUUCGGUCUCUGCAAGCUGGACAUGAAGGACGAGGACAGAACCAACACUUUCUGCGGCACCCCCGAGUAUCUGGCUCCAGAGCUACUCAUGGGCCAGGGGUACAACAAGACGGUGGACUGGUGGACGCUGGGCGUCCUUUUGUACGAGAUGUUGACAGGCUUGCCGCCCUUCUACGAUGAGAACACGAACGAAAUGUACCGCAAGAUUCUCUCGGAGCCCCUCCACUUCCCCGGCCACGACGUCGUCCCGCCGGCGGCUAAGGACCUUCUGACGAAGCUGCUCAACCGCGACCCUAAGGAGCGUCUCGGUGCCAACGGAUCAGCCGAGAUCAAGGCGCACCCCUUUUUCCACGCCAUCGACUGGCGCAAGCUUCUGCAGCGCAAGUACGAGCCUGCGUUCAAACCCAACGUGGUGGACGCCCUCGACACGGCCAACUUUGACCCCGAGUUCACGUCAGAAGCCCCCCAGGAUUCUUACGUGGAGGGCCCGAUGCUCUCGCAGACGAUGCAGAACCAAUUCCAGGGCUUCUCUUACAACCGCCCGAUCGCGGGACUGGGCGACGCCGGCGGUAGUGUCAAGGACCCUUCCUUUGUGGGCAGCAUCCAGGACCGAUGA